AUGCCGAAGCAAACGUUCUCCCCAAAGCCCGCUAUCGAAAAGCUGCCGCUGGCGGUGCGCAAAGACAUCCGCGACAAGUUCGACGGUAACAAGGCCGACUUUGAAGAGCAGCUCUCCAAGUUGUUGGGAGUGACGUUCACUCUCGCCUACAACCCCAACGAACUGGCUGCCUACGUCAAAGAUCUCGACCGCACGUCCGUUGGCAACACUCUGAGCGGAUAUACAAACGGCUUCAUCUCGGCUGUGACCUCGUUCCUCGAGAAAUACGGCGAGGAUGGCAAGACCCACUUCAACGAAGCUGUCUCCAACUCCCAGCUGACAAUCGCCGUGAAUUCACUUGGCGAGGGCGCACCGACCAUCUCGGCCGACGUCAAGGACGGUGUUUUCCGCAUUCUCUUCCAGCACGAACGAUUCGGCUACAACAUCACGUCGCAAAGCGAAAUUAUCCUGCCUGCCAUCGAGGGUGCGGCGAGAGACGGAUUCUCGCUGCAAGCCAAGAACUCCAUCGAGAAGCACUACACGGAAGAAAUCGACAGCCUGAAAAAAGAGAUUGAGGCUAUCACCGGCAUCUCUGGAGUGAUUUUGGACCCCAACUUUGAAGAGAACUACCAGACUCUGUUGACACUUCCCGACCCCAAGUGGCAGCCCAACUUUGGCCGUGUUCACUUGAACUACUUCGAGGGACUGAAGGGCCAACUAGAGAGCCAAGGCUUCAAAAAGGACGACAUGCUCCAGGAAGGACUCCAGGAAGCCCUCCCUUCCAAGACCUUCAAAAUCCGCAUCGUGAAACAGACGACGGGCAACAAGACCAACGAAAUCGUCAUCGAGGACGGAGUUGCUUACCUCCAGACCACCAAGGAACGCUGGUGGUACAACGUAAACGACAUGGGCGCUGGUUUGGUCAAGUUGCUCUAG